AUGGAGAACCCUGCCUUCUCACCUAAGAAUUUGCGCAAUUUGAUAGAUGAAAUUGAGGAAAUAGUCCAUCAAGACCUUACUAGUUGACAAGUUGAAGCAGCUAUCGAGAAUGUCAGACAUUUAUCUGAGUUUCUGAUAUAUUCCAAGAAAAAGCAGUUAACGUAUUUUGAGUUCUUUAUUGAGAAAUAAGGUCCUAGAUACUUUUUCAAAUAUCCUGAUCAAGUGUAAUAAUGAUAUCAACAUCCAGCUGAUCCAGACAAUGAGCAUUCUGAUCCAAAACAUUGAGAACGAGCAAGAUUACUAUUAUUUGUUUUCUCAUUCGUUCCUGAAUAAACUGAUAUCUUUUAAUUUCGAUCUAAGCGAGAAUAGCGAGCUAGUUACUUACUAUAUUUCCUUCGUAAAGAUGCUAUCAAACAAUCUGAAUGAUGUUAGUGUCCAGUUCUUCUUCAACAAAUGUAAUGACUUUCCUCUGUAUCGUGCAGCUAUUAGCUUGUACAACCACUCAGAUCCCUUGGUCAGGACAGGAGCAAGGACGAUUACAUUGAAUAUUUAUCGGAAUUGUCAGGAGAACAUGCUUGAUUGAUUGUUAUCUCUCCCUUAUGGCUCUUACUUCCCCAAUCUAGCCACUCAGUUGAUGAAUUAUUGGAAGCAAAUAGACUGUAACCUAGUAGAAGCUGUUGAUUUCAAUUCCCUUAAGGAUGAAUUAGAAGACAUAAAUGAUCUUCUCAUGUAUUUUCAAGAUAUAUUUGAAGAAAAAAUACCACAAAUUACUAAAGCUCUAGCCAAUAGUCUCCUGUACUAUGCGUAUUUCCCUGGCUUGGUUGGCAGUAUAGGAGAUUAUAAGAAAGAACCUGAAAUCAAGCUAUAUCCAGCAAUAAUUUUCUUUCUAAAUCAGACUUAUAACUACAUCAAAGAACCAUUGUUCAUUAAUUCACUCUCUUUGGCUAUCUUCUUGCCAAAUAUAUCAGAGCAAUUUGUGAAGAUUAUUUCAAGGAAUGCCAAACCUCCUCUGAGCUAUCGAGACACCUACGUAAGGAAAGUGGGAUCUAUGAACCUGUACCAUUAUGCUGAAGAAAAUUUAUCAGUAGUUUCCCUCAUAGAAAGAAUAAUAAACUCAAAAGAUGGCUUCCUCGAUGAAAUCAUAAAUGAAUACAACAAAAUCAGAAAGGAAAAGAGAAGAUCAGAUGAACCCAUUCUCGAAGAUCCGAUCUCUCUGAAAUAAGAUAGCCAUAGGACUCGUAGUAGAGGCAUUGCCAGACACACAGAGAACAAGGAUAAUCAAAUACCAUACUCAACUCUCUAUAGCACUGGGGAGGCCUACUGGAUUUCUUGAGAAAGAUCAUUGUUUUGGAUAUAUUUCCAUCACAGAUAUCACCAGCGAAAUUAUCAACUCAAUGUACAGAAAUAGGUACAGGGACUAUGUAAUCAAGAACAAGCACAUUGGAAACGAGAGCUGAAAAGAUCUGAUAAAAGCAUUGCUUUCAAAAGAUGAAUCCUUAGUCCUUCUUCUCAAUUCCUUAUUCUACACCUACAUAGCCUCAGAUACUGUUCAUCCCUGAAUUCUUUACCAUUCAAGACUCUACCCCAUAGGAAAAAACAGUGUCAAAAAGGCUCCAGCCAAAGCUGGGGAAGACCAUGUUCCAUUCCUUAUUGACCAACACAAAAAAUCAAAAUGCUCUGACCAAACAACUGUUGAGAAACUUAAGAAAUAAGGCAAUCAAAUUUAACCAGAAUUUAUUAAAGGUCUAUAAUAAGCCUAAAUAUGACAAAGGCAUUUUAAAAAAUAUUCUGAAUUUGUGCUGAUCAGAUCCCCCUUUCAGGCAAAUAACCUUCAAAUUUCAAAUCAUGGUGUGAUAUUACCUGACUUAUCACCAAGGCCUUUCAACCUGAUUGUAUCAAGAAGAGUUUGAUAUCUUAGCGAAUGCCUAUAAGGCCAGUAUCAGAGCCAUUACCAGCUUCUCCAAGGAUUUUGAAAUUUAUCAGCCUUUCCUUGAUAUCUUUAAACAUGAAUAUGACAAUUUCAUUUUCAAUGACGAGGAUGAGAUCAGGAAAAUAAUAAAAAGUCCUUGAAUGCUAGUUCCUAUGUAUGAUAUUAAGAACCAAACACAUUUUCCAGAGAUUCUUAAGACAGACGAUACCAAAAUACAGCAGCUACAGAACCAAAUCCGAAGGUUUCUCACUUUGGGAUACUUUUUGAAUAAACUGAACCCUCACCAAUUUCGACUAAGUCUCAAAGAAUACCCCUUCAACUUCGAAGAAAGAGAUACUUCUUCAUGGAAGAUUGGUCAAACUAUAGUUAUUAAUGAAAACUAUUCCCUUGUAAUGUGUAAUAUCCAAGAAGAUGGGAUAUUCAAUCCAAGGUACAUAAUCCUUGACCCUGAAUUCUUCAUACUAGCUGAGCAGACAAUAGAUAAAAGAGGAAGGAUAACUGCUAAAAUAUGCUUAAAAUAUGUCUUAAAGGACCUACAAAUAAACGAGCAUCCCUCUAACUCUGCUGCGUUACAAAUUGGAGUGACAGAAUAUACUUAUAAUAGCAAAUGAAAGCACACAUCUCUUUAUCUGUAUUUUAAGAGCAAGUCAAAUACUACUGCUUUCAAAGAUGUAAUAGAUAGCUACCAGAAGCAACAGAGGGACUUCAUAGAUAUCCAAGUAUCCUCCUUCUUCGAGUACUGUCUUAGUGCAGCGGAAUAGGAU